CAUGACCGUUGCGAUGACAGCGGGAAGAUAGAGCGACGCUGGGAGUAUGUAUAUUGCGUGAAUUGCAAGUCAAUCGCUCGCGCAGAGCUGUUUGUACGGUUGCUAGAGCCGAUAGUUUCGCUUUUGCAAGUCACUCAAUUGCCAUGUCUACGACGCCGACUUCGGACCCAGAGAAGAAGGUGGAUGUCAUCGAUGAAGAUGAUGCUGUGCUUGCGCAGUUGGGUUACACCCAGGAGCUGAAGCGCAGCUUUGGGCUUGUGGGCAUGGUUGGGUUCUCGUUCAGUAUCGUCACGUCCUGGACGGCGCUGAGUGGUGUGCUUAUCAUUGGUGUCGAGACCGGUGGGCCGCCUGUCAUGAUCUGGGGCUGGCUGGCGGUAUGCAUCUUCACGCUGGCGGUCGCAUACUCAAUGGCCGAGAUGUGUAGUGCGUACCCCCUUGCCGGUGGCCAGUACAGCUGGGUGGCGAUCCUUGCCCCAACGAGCUGGGCACGAGGCUUCAGCUACAUCUGCGGAUGGUUUAUGCUCAUUGGUGUUCUUGCCAUGGGAGCGACCAACAAUUUCAUCGCAACGAACUUCGUCUUGGGCACAGCGCAGCUCAACUAUGGGUUCACGAUUGAGCGCUGGCAUACCGUUUUGUGUGCCUACUUGGUCACGUUCAUCGCCAUGCUCUCGAACAUUUACUUCCCGCACAUCCUGAACAAGCUGUCCAAAGCUAUCCUUGCUUGGAAUAUGUUGUCCUUCGUGGUAUGCUUGGCGACUAUUCUCGCCACCAAUGACCACAAGCAGUCUCCUUCGUUUGUCUUCAGUGACUUUCAGAACUUCACGGGCUGGACGCCGCCAUAUGCUGUUGUCCUUGGCCUUCUCCAAAGCGCUUAUGGCAUGUGCUGCUAUGACGCUCCAGCACACAUGACGGAAGAGAUCAAGAACGCUCGUAAACAAGCACCCCGUGCAAUCGUGAUGGCCGUCUACAUGGGCUUCAUUACCGGCUUCAUCUGGCUCAUCGCUUUGAGCUUCUGUAUCGGCGACCUCGACGCUACUGCAACCACUGCAACAGGCGUGCCUGUCAUCGAAAUUAUGUUCAACUCCACUGGCAGCGUUGCAGGUGCCUCGGCUCUGUCGUCGAUGAUCUCUGUUAUCUGCUUGGUAGCUUCAAACUCGCUCAUGGCUGAGGGCUCGCGAUCCGUGUACGCCUUCGCGCGCGACCAGGGCCUGCCGUUCUCAGACCUGCUGAGCAAAGUCUCGUCCCGCAGUGUCCCGGUGUACGCCGUGCUCCUGACGGGCACAGUCCAGAUCGCCUUCAACUCAAUCUACUUUGGCACUGUCACCGGCUUCAACACCAUCGUUGCCGUCGCCACCCAGGGUUUCUACCUUUCCUACGCCAUGCCGCUGCUCGCCCGCAUCAUCGCGCACUUCUCAGGCAAGAAGACCAGACUCGAAGGCCCGUACUCGCUCGGACGCUACGGUAUUGUGCUGAACAUUAUCGGCUUCAUUUUUUUGGCUUUCAUGUGCAUCAUUUCGAAUUUCCCGAGCGCGACGCCUGUCGACAGCGAGAACAUGAACUAUACUUCGGCGGCGACGGGGUUGAUUAUGCUGCUGAGUGCGAUGUUCUGGAUCUUCACGGGGAGGAAGAAGUUUACGGGGCCGGAGAGUGGACACUUACUGGAUGUGGUGACAUAAAGUGUUCUAGUUUGCCUUGAGGGCAAGUCAAGCUGCAAUGCUGGUGUAAUUGCUUCAAUCGAUUUCCUUGUUGAAGUAAGAUGCCUCCGAAUGAGAAGAAGUUCAGACUACAAAGUCUCCGUGUC